AUGUCUGCCAACGAUCCUUUCUCAUUUGUGGAUGCCGAACCCAAGCCAGCGGCCAAGAAACCCCAUUGGAGGGAUAAAUUGUUUUCAAGGGACAAACCUAAGAAUAAUGCGGACCAGCAGGUUGAGGCAUUUUUGGCACCUGUUCGUUCCAAGUCUGUAUCUCACGCUGGCUACACGGGGUCCCAUACCCAGAGGGAGAUCCCCGCGCCCCCUCGCCUGGAUGUCUCUCACCGAUGGAAGUCCUCGCGUGACGGUCAAAAUGCAUCCCCCGUCUCAAACCCAUCGCCGUCUACUGACGAUUAUCCGAUUCCGACCAUCCCAAGCGCGCCGCCGCCUAAGAUUCGGAAAAACAAGGGGCUGAGGGUUAAGUUCGCUAAUGGGGCUCCCGAAUGUAUCGGAGAGGGUGGGGACGAGUCUGAGAUACCAACCAUUGAGAUUUCAUUUAAUCGGACUCGUAGCCAUAGUCAGACUUCGAGUCGACUGGAUGAUGCCGAUAACGCGCAGGCUGGAAGCCCUCAUCUUCGACUAGACACUUCUUUUAACGAUAGCCUAAAGCUAGGUGAUGGUGGCAGUUCGCAAAACCGGCCACCGCUGCUUGUUAAGAACACGCAAGAUGCGGAUUUCUUGAUGGCAUUAAAUCUCGGCGAUACUGGUUCUCGCUUGUCCUUCAGGGCUUCGCCCGGGGCGGGUUCAGUCGCUCAGCGCAUUCGUGCAAAGAUGGAGGUUGAAGAGGGUCGUGCAUUGCAACAGAAAUACGAAGAUCCCACCUCACCACAAAAUGAGAAAUCUCCAGAGAGCCCUAGUUCAUUGUACGAGACGCCGCCGAUUUCUGAAACAGAGGCUGCAGCUCCGCCAAGUCCUGCUCGUACGCCCCCAAGUCCUCCAAGUCCGCCAAACGCUCCAAGCCCCCCGAUGACCCGCCCUGCGAAUCCUGACGACCUCAUGCUCCCCCCUGGCCUGGCGCCUGGUGGGAAUACGAGGAGCUCAUCACCCCCGAAACCUCAACCCUCAAUACCUCAACUGGCGCCAAAUGACGUUGCUAGCGACGAGCUUCGCCCGUCAAGCCGGGAUAGCCGUACUACAUCUACAAGCCCACAGCCACCGAAAUAUUCACUGCGCUCAGUUGCAAACCAACUUGGCGAAGUGGCUUUUGUCGAAUUCAAACAGUAUGUGGCAGGGUAUGAACAAGAGAUUCAACUUGCCGCAGAGGACGUCAAGCCUUUGAUGGAGACGUCACUCACCGAGUGGGUGAGGGCGGCGGUAUGGUGGUUCAUGCGCGGAAAGAAAAGACUGGAGGCAUACGCACGCUCGCGUGGCUCUAACGCAAGGCCGGGCUCCCGCCCGUCCCCGGAAAUGGUACAGCAAGCUGUGAUCGAUCUCUCCAAGGCGCUGUGGAUCAGCGAGAACAUUGUUCCUCAGCACCAGGAAGUAACCCGGUAUGGCACGAUGGGAAUUGAUGCAGUUCUGGCCGUGGCCAGCACAACGGGUGAUAGACAGCUGUCGGACCUUCUAGGGAUGCAUCAAUCCGUGCUGAGUCACCUGCGCUCAUUGACGGUAUCCAUCAAACGAAACAAUAUUCUCGCUGCUAUACCCCCUGGAACCGAAUGCGAUACAAGCGUAUGGGUGAGAUACCCCUUUUUCGCACCGGAUGUGUCCGCGGUUCUUUCAGGGGCAACCUCAAGAUCCAUGUUGCUGGACAACUCUGGAAAAGCACCGACCUUUGUACAGAUGAUGCCCUUGGGCGACAACAGCCGCUACUUUAGCUUUGGGAGUAUGUUUGUUGAAGUAUCUGUGAGCUCAAGUGAAGACGACAGUCAACAGUUCUCCAUGCCCUGUGUGUUGUCUAUAAUCCGUGACCGCGCGGAUUGGUAUGUUUUUGCUGCAAUAACUAGCCAGAGUGACCUGGUCAAUGUCAUGGUUCAGUCCGACAAAAAGAAGGGACCGACGUGGGAUGAGGUUGAUUGGCAGAUCCGAACACACUCCAUGAGAGUCAAACUACCGCGGAAUUUUGAGUUAGACGUCAUGUUUAAGGAGGACGAUUUCAAAAUGCUCUGGAACAUUGUUAAUUACACGCGGAAAACGGAGGCCAGCCUGCAGCCAGAAGCUGGUGAAUCGGUAAUAUUCGAAGGAACGUUGAAGUUGUUCCAGUACAUGGAUCCAGGGACGCCGAAGGCUUUCCCACCGGAAUCUAUUGAGCGGUGCCGUGUUCGGUUAUUCGAACGUUCAGUAGUUGUGACCGAGGGCACCGGCACUCGAAAUGCUCAUCGUGGUUUCCGGAUAACGGUGUUGACAUCACCCAAAGUGAAAACUCUGAGCAGCGUACGCCACAUCCUGGGAUACGGAGCGCCGGUACUGUUUGGCCUGCUGCGGGGUGAAGACGGAGCUCCGGCUUUAGUCCUCAAUGUUAAAGAAGACGGCCGCAGCCGGUCUAUGUUGAUGACUUUCCAGGAGGUCCGGGAACGGACCACGCUUCACUCAUUACUAUUGGCCAUGUUGCCGAAGCAAAGAGAACUCAAAAUCGCGGACGUCCCGAUCCGUGCCUAUACCAUCGAACAGCCAUCCGACAAGGCCACCGGUCAGCCACCGCAACAGCACCUGCAAUUUCCUGCAGGAACGGUGUGCGUUAUCGAUCAAGAGCAUGAUUACGUUGAUCAUGGAUAUGGCCCAACAGUCCUUUCUGAGCACCUGCGGGCAUUCGUUGCAUCGGACUGGGGGUCUGUAACGGAUCGGAUUAAUCUUGGACCCGGCGAAUUGAAAUUGGGUCUAGAUGUUAACAACCGAACGGGCCUUAGUCUGUAUAGGCCCGCUCAACAAGACUUGACCGUUUCAGCCGCAGAGAACCUCAUUCCACCGGACAUGCAGGAUCAAUUAACGGACUUUCUCCAGCUAUCCAUGGCCAAACCAAUGGUUCGGAAGUUUGAUUUCAUGACGCUCAAGGGCCUACAUGAAUUCCAGAAAGCCAUUACAGGGUUCACAGUGCUCUUCGAUAGUAUUGCUUCCUCUUUUAUGAUAUCCCGUCGCCGGAUGGUGGUCCCCAUCACUAAGAAAUGGGAGUCAAGUAUGGCUAGGGUCCAGAUUGUGCGUCAUGAUAAGGUGGUCCAGCUGGUGGCAUUCCUGAACGACUUCAGUCAUGGAAGAUGCCUGAACUUUGUUCUGAAGGGCACCGACACUCUGGAGGGAUUCAACCGGUCCGGGAAGUACGGUGUUCGCAUUGUUGACGCCAAAUUUGCGCUCCCGAAGACCGAUGAUGAUGCUUCAUCCGAUUUUGUCUGUCUCGACAUGCCAGACUAUCCUAGUGAGCACGAUGAUAUUACUAUCGCCUUCGACACUGAGGCUGACCGGUUUAACUUCCAAUCCGCGGCGCCCGGGUCCGUCCGUGAGCCCUCGAGAAUGGGUUCCCUACGGCGAUAG